CUAAAUCAUUUCUUUAAAUGGCUCUCAGCUCCUGCUGUCCUUCAUUUCCCCCGGUAAAUAAACUCACAUCAAGUAAUGUAAUGGGCUGAACUGGGACGCCCCCGUUCAUAUGUCGAAGUCCUCUGCCCCACUGCCACCUCUGAAAGUGUUACUGGAAAUACGACGUUUAAAGAGGAUUAAAUACGCCAGGUCUGGUGUGUAUGCCUCUAACACCAGCUACUCAUGAGGCUGAAGCAGGAUGCACAGAAGUUUGAGGUCAUUCUGGGGAAUUCUGUGAGGCCCUCUCUCUGAAAACAGAGAGAGAGAGUGCUUGCCUAGUGUACGGGAAUCUCUGGGUUCCAGCCAGAGAUUUUUUUACCACGAAAAAAAAAAAAAAAGAAAAAGGUUAUGUGAGACUGUUAGAGUGGACCCUAAUCUAAUGUGACUAUUGACCAUAUACAAAGGAGAGGUUUGGACGGGGAUAUGUGCGUGCACAGACGAAGGACCAUGUGAAGACAGCGUCUGCUAACCAAGGAGAGGCCUCAGCCCCAGUAACCCCUGCGACACCUUGAUCCCAGACUUCUAGUCUCCAAAAUGGAGAGGAAAUACGCUGCUGCCGCCGAAGCCACCCAUUCUGUGGUAUUUUGUCAUGGAGCCCUAGCAAACUAAUAUAUGCAGGAAUCAAAGUUUCGCUUCACUGUCCUCAGAAGUCUGAUUUGAUUUGGUUAGUGAUUAAACAAGUGCAGUUCAAACACUUACUGGGUUUACAAAAUUUUGUCAUAAGUUCCAACUUUUAAAAAAAAUGAGGUUCUAAUGAAAUUGAGACAGAAAGCAGAAACUGAAGACUGGUUAACAAUUUCCAAAACAUGUGCUCUCCAGCGUUCUUAGAGCUCUGUUUUCCUUCGGUCGGAAAAGCUGUGUGGUACUGGGAAUGUACCCAAAAGCUGAGGAGCCCUGGUGUCCUCAUUUGUAACUCCAGGGAGCUGAGCGGGUUUCUCAUCCUCCGCAACUCUGAAAGCCAUUAACGCGAAGACGCGAAGCUCUGGACUUGUCCGCCGAGGGCCCACCAGCCACGGGCGCGGGACUGGCACGCAGAACCCCGGCCUGCGCUCUUCCCCUUCCCCUCCCCAACCUCCCUUCAGCCCUCCGAGCUUACAUCCUAGUGAAGAAACGUAAGCAAAUAAAAAGAAUCGAGUCAAAUGAUAGCACAGGGGCCCAGGAUACGGCUCCGUGGCACAGUGCGAUGCCCAGUACCCAAAACCCCAGAGUCGCAGCUGGUAAACAGUGCGCACAGAGGGUAGAAGAGAAGGAAGGAGGCGAGAGCCGCACGCCGAGUUACUCGCGCAGUCCCGGCGUUCCGGGCGCUGCGCGGCGGGUGCAAACGCCGGCCUGGGCAUCUCAGGCGUUUAGCAAGAUCCCACCUCAAAAUUUAAAAAUGCCAUAAAGGUCUGGGGGUGUAGCUCGGGGUGAAGGCCCUGGCUCAACCCCCAGUACCGCAGAAGAAGAACGGGGAACGGGCGUGAAAGACAGGGAGCAAGAGGGAGGCGGUGGAGUCCGGGUCAAGAAGCAACUGAGAGGCAAGAGCGCGAGGAGCGGCGCCAGGCGCUAUCGGGAAGUGAGCGACCGGCCCGCGGCACCUGGUGCGCAGGCGCACUAGGUCGCAGGAGGACGCGCGCUCCCGGCGAGUCUCAGGCGCAUGCUCGGGGGCCCGCGCGUGCCCGAGCCUAGGGGCGCGUACGUUGUCCGAGGACGUUGACGUCGGCGAGUCGGGGAAGCGAGGCUCGAGGCAAUUAUUUCCAGAGAAGGAAACCGGUUGCUGGCAUUCUCACCACCUUUCUACCUGCCAUGAUCAAGUGCUUGUCAGGGGAAGUAAAAGCCAAAUUGCGUUCUGGUGUGGCCAUAAACUCCUUAGGCCAGUGUGUUGAGGAACUUGCCCUCAACAGUAUUGAUGCUGAAGCAAAAUGCGUGGCCAUCAGGGUGAACAUGGAGACCUUGCAGGUUCAAGUGAUCGACAAUGGCCUUGGGAUGGGGAGUGAAGAUGUAGACAAGGUGGGAAAUCGGUACUUCACUAGUAAAUGCCACUUGGUACAGGACUUGGAGAACCCAAAGUUUUAUGGUUUCCGCGGGGAGGCCUUGGCAAGUAUAGCUGACAUGGCCAGUGCUGUGGAAAUUUCAUCUAAGAAAAACGGGACACUGAAAACAUUUGUGAAACUGUUUCAGAAUGGAAAAGCCCUGCAAGCUUGUGAAGCUGACUUGACUAGGCCCAGUGCAGGGACAACAGUAACAGUACAUAACCUGUUUUACCAGUUACCCGUAAGGAGAAAAUGCCUGGAUCCUAGACUGGAGUUUGAGAAGGUUCGGCAGAGGGUAGAGGCCCUCUCCCUCAUGCACCCUUCCAUUUCUUUCUCUUUGAGAAAUGAUGUUUCUGGUUCUAUGAUUCUUCAGCUCCCAAAGACCAAAGACAUAUGUUCCCGAUUUUGUCAAAUUUAUGGAUUGGGCAAGUCCCAAAAGUUAAAAGAAAUAUAUUUUAAAUAUAAGGAGUUUGAACUUAGUGGAUAUAUCAGCUCCGAAGCACACUAUAGUAAGAAUAUGCAGUUUUUGUUCGUGAACAGAAGGCUAGUUUUAAGGACAAAGUUGCAUAAACUCAUCGACUUUUUAUUAAGAAAAGAAAGUAUUAUAUGCAAGCCAAAGAAUGGCUCUGCCAGUAGGCAAAUGAAUUCAAGUCCUCGGCAUCGGGCUACACCAGAGCUCCAUGGGAUAUAUGUGAUCAACGUGCGGUGCCAAUUCUGUGAGUACGAUGUGUGCAUGGAGCCGGCAAAAACUCUGAUUGAGUUUCAGAACUGGGAUACUCUUCUAAUUUGCGUCCAGGAAGGAGUAAAACUGUUUUUAAAGCAAGAAAAAUUAUUUGUGGAAUUAUCAGGUGAAGACAUUAAGGAAUUCAAUGACGAUAAUGAUUUUAGUUUAUUUGGAACUACUCUUCAGAAACAUCUCUCUUCUGAUGAGAAGCUUGACCAAGGUAGUUUCCAGGAAGCAUGUAAUAAUAUUUUAGAUUCCUAUGAAAUGUUUAAUUUGCAAUCAAAAGCUGUGAAAAGAAAAGCUACCAUGGAAAACAUAAACACACAGGAUUCACAAGCUAUCAGAAAAAAGACAGAUGACUCAUCUUUGUCCAUUUGUGAAUCAGAUAGCCCAGGCCAUAGUAAAAUGACAGAAUUAUCUUUAUACAACACAGAUAGCUUUUCCUUAGAAUCGGGAAUGUUAGAACAAGAGACAGUUGAAACAUCAGAAUUAAGAGAAAAUGAGAACCAUAACAAAUCUUGCUUGGAACGUAACUCUUUAGAAAGUCCAUGUGGAAAGAAUUCAGAAAUAUUUUCGAGCCUUUGUCAGAUACAACAGUAUGUUGAGGAGAGUGGAUCAGAUCUAGAAAUACAGAAAGUGAGUGCUACUGUUAAUGGCAUGGCUGCCAACAUCCUGGAAAAUAACAGAACUCAGAAUCAACUGGAGAGAUUUAAAGAUGCUACUGAAAUGGGAUGUCAACCUCUGCCUUUUAGGAUGACAUCACUGAGAGUUCACAGUGCUGAGAGAGAGAAAGAGAAGAGAAAAAAAGAGCCUCACAGUUGUGGAAGAAUAAAUAUGUUUAGUUAUGGAGAAGUUAAGUUAUGUUCCACUGGCUUUAUAACUCAUGUUGUACAAAAUGAGCAAAUUAAAUCAACUGAAACAGAACACUCCUUUAAAAACUAUGUCCGACCCGGUCCUACAAAUGCCCAAGAAAUAUUUGGAAACAGAAUAGAUCACUCAGUUGAGACUCCAGACAUCAAAGAUUUAACUAGCACAUUAUGUAAAGAAUCUGCUUACCUACCCAACAAAAAAUUUUACAGAACAAACACAAGUUAUGGGCUAGCAAACAAACAUGUAGAAAUUUAUAAAAACUCAGAUUUUCAGAAAAGUGCUGAAGCACACACAGAUAGUUUAUUACCUGAUACAUCCUCUUUCCCUUGCCAGAGAUAUGUUUCAAAUAAUAGUAAGAAAACAGAUAAAUUGAUUACUUCCUCCAAACCCAUAGACUGUAAAAAGCUAAGCUUGAGUUCCCAACUAGGAUCAUUAGAGAGGUUUAAGAGACUCUAUGGGAAGGUUAAAAACCCUCUGGCUGUAGAAGUGGAAGAAAAUAAUAGUGAAGUCGCUACCAGUCUCAGUUCUCAAGUUGAACCUGACUUUUUACUGACAGACAGGAACCCCUUAGACAACUCUGAUGUUUGUAAGAUCACUACUAUGCAGCAUAAUGAUUCAAAUAGUAGUUGUCAACCAGUAAGUCACAUCCUGUACUCGGAGAAAUUUUCAUGCUUCGAGGAAGAGGAUUGCUUGGAACAGCAGAUGCCUUGUUUGAGAGAAAGUCCUGUAGCGCUAACAGAGUUACUUCACUCUGACAGAAAACUUUCGGGUGUUGAGAAGUCACCUGAAUCACUGGCCUCUAAAUUAUCCAGACUGAAGGGUUCCGAAAAAGAGACUGAAAUAGUGGAAAUGGUGAGUCAUUGUAAUGAAUUUCCAAAUUCAGAUCCCAGUAAGAAAGACAGGGACUUAUGCAGUGGGUUAGCCCUGGAUUUUUGUCCAUUAUUCAAAACUGAGCAUGAAAAACUAGAGAGUGGCGCCAUCCCAGUGUCAGAUUCUGUCAUACAAGAUAACUCCUUCAAUAACGACAGUGAAGCACAUUCUAACAGCAGUACAACAGAAAACCUGGUGAAACCUGAAACUCCUCUGGUACUACCCUAUAAUGAUGUUAAAUUAAUUAAAGAUGCAGAUGUUUUUAUUAGAGCCCCAGAGCAACAGAUAGAAAGUCCUGAUUCUCCCAGUAGAAUGUUAAUAAGUCAAGCAGAAAAUACCACAGUUGACCAAAAUGGAGUUUGUUCUCCCAGUGAGGAUUCUGAAGCAAAAGCUUGUUUUGAACAUAAAGAGUCAAACACCUAUUCUUCCGACUGGCAGCAGCAUUUUGAUGUAGCCCUGGGAAGAAUGGUUUAUAUCAACAAAAUGACUGGACUUAGCACAUUUGUUGCUCCUACUAAGGAUGUUCAGACUGCUUGUACUAAAGAUCUGACAACUAUGGCUGUGGAUAUCAUACUUGGGAAUGGUUCUCAGUACAGGUGUCACCCUUUUAGAAGUGACCUUGUUCUUCCUUUCCUUCCAAGAGCUCGGGAAGAGAGGAUUCUGAUGAGACAGAAUAACACAGGUGCUGUGGACAAUGCCGUUGGUGGUCAUCAAUCACUUCAGUCUUUGUUUUCAGAAUGGGACAAUCCAGUAUUUUCCCGUUACCCAGAGGUUGCUGUUGAUGUAAGCAGUGGCCAGGCUGAGAGCUUAGCAGUUAAAAUUCACAACAUUUUGUAUCCCUACCGUUUCACCAAAGAAAUGAUUCACUCAAUGCAGGUUCUCCAGCAGGUGGAUAACAAGUUUAUCGCCUGUGUAAUGAACACCAAGCCCGAGGAGAAUGGAAAAGGAGGUGGAAACUUGUUAAUCUUGGUGGAUCAACAUGCUGCCCAUGAGCGCAUUCGUUUAGAGCAGUUGAUUACUGACUCAUAUGAGAAGCAACAACCCCAAGGCGGUGGUCGGAAAAAAUUACUGUCCUCCACUGUAAUCCCUCCACUAGAGAUAACAGUGACAGAGGAACAGAGGAGACUCCUAAGGUGUUACCACAAAAAUCUGGAAGACUUGGGUCUUGAAUUUACCUUUCCAGACACUAGCGAUUGUCUGGUCCUUGUGGGAAAAGUACCACUCUGUUUUGUAGAAAGAGAAGCCAAUGAACUUCGAAGAGGAAGGUCUACUGUGACCAGGAGUAUUGUGGAGGAGUUUAUUCGGGAACAAGUCGAGCUGCUCCAGACCACCAGAGGCAUCCAAGGGACACUGCCGCUGACGGUGCAGAAGGUGCUGGCCUCCCAAGCCUGCCAUGGGGCCAUUAAGUUUAACGACCGCCUGAGCCCUGAGGAGAGCUACCGCCUUAUUGAAGCUCUGUCCUGGUGCCAGCUGCCUUUCCAGUGCGCUCAUGGAAGGCCGUCCAUGCUGCCAUUGGCCGACCUGGGCCACUUGGGGCAUGAGAAACAGAUUAAACCUAACCUUGCUAAACUUCGAAAAAUGGCCCAGGCUUGGCAUCUCUUUGGACAAGCAGAGGGCUGUGAUCCGAAGCAGAGCCUGCAGCAGUCCCUGGCUCCUUGUGAGCCCCCGUGAGAACGGACUCAGUGGUCUGUGAGGAGCCAGAGGGGCUGGAGGAGGCUGCUGUGUACCCCUGAGCAGAGAGCAUGAGCAGCAGCAGCACUUGUGCUUGGCCGAGUCAGCCCCCUGGAGCACGGUCCUUUACAUCAGUCUUUCUGGAGCAGAUGUUCCCUCUACCUGGGCAGCCACAUGGAAUUGAAGGCUGAGACCGUUCGCUCAUUUGCAGCCAUGGGUACAAGAGAUUGCUGUAAAAGAUCUGCCUUUUGUAACUUAUUUAGUGAUAACAUUCAGUGAUUAAUUGUCAGAGUGGUGGGUGGCCUGUUUGAAGGUGGUGGUUUGGGGGCACUUUUUUCCAACUUCUGAGUUUGUGACUGUGUAAUUGACCCGCUGCUGAAGCCCGGGGGCUCCUGUGCUUUCCUCGACCGCCCUUGGUGUUUCUCCCUCGGCGUCCUUUCCCCAGUCUUCCUCACGUCCCCUGCUGCCUCUUCACGUUCCUGAGGUCUUCCGUCAGGGCUGUAAGUAAAUUAUCUCAGGGAUUAAAAACUUUUGAUAAAGAGAAACACAGGCAAAGAUAAAAUAGAGAAAAUGUCCAGUUCCUGGGUUUUUUUGUUGUUAGUUUAUUUUACUGAUUUUUAAAAACUUAAAGAGACUAAUGUUCAUAUCCUGAAUAUCCCAAACCAGUAAACGUACAGUAAGCUUCUUUUUAAAAAUAUGAUUUGCCUUGUACUUUCUGAAGUGUUUCUUUAUGUGAAAGCAUUUAUCAGGUCAAAAUGGCAGCAUUUAUUCUUUCAACCAAACCAAAUACGAUGUUCUACUGUUCUUUUCUCUUUUUGGAAACAAAGUUCUUCCAGCCCCUUUCAAA